AUGGACAUGUCAGAAUCAGUGGAGGAGGAAUCUACUGCUCCCAAGGCUGCCGUUAUGAAGGAGAGGGCAGAAGAGAAACAGGAAGAGGAAUGGUCAAUCGAUGAUCAACAUGAAGGGACUGUGAGAAUCAAGAAGGUCGUCAUCUUCAGUGAUUCCUUGGCAAAGUACACCCAACAGUACCUAUCAAGCCACGAGUUCAGCUACCGUGUAGUUGCUCAGCGUGGCGCCCAAAUCCAUGAUGUCACCCACAACGUAAAGGAGUUCUCUGCAUCUGACUUAGACAAUCCCACCAAUGAUGUUGUUGUGCUCCAUGUGGGCACAAACAACCUUUGCAACAAUCAGACUUUGGACCAGAAUAUACAAGAUUAUGAGGAGUUACUGCAAUCAGCUGUUAACAGGUUUCCCAAUGCUGGAAUCCUUGUAUCUGGGAUUCUCCCCAGGUUUGACUCCAAGGUCUUGAAUGAUGCAGCAAAGAUGUACAACAUCCUCCUUGCACAACUGUCACACACGUUUGCAGACAAGGUUAAGUUUGUAGAUCUGGGAAGUCACUUCAGGUCUGACCGCUUCUUUGCCAUCGAUGGUUUACACCUCAGCUACCAGGGGAACCCCAGAUUUGCAGCCAAACUGCAAGAGGCAGUAGAGUACCACUUCUCCACUGAUCCAGAACACGUCAGGUGGAAGGAAGCCUUCUCAGCUGCCGUGCAAAAAGUGCCUUUCCCUAAACCAUCCCUCCUCGGGCCAGUGUCUUCAGGAAAUGUAGAGAAAGCGUCCCAAAGAGAAGUCAAGCCAAGGGUACCAGUGACUAGAAAAGGGUUCAAGUCUCUGAGGCAAAAAGUAAAAGAGUCGACCAGAUCUAGAAGAAAGUUUGGGACCCCGAAGCAAGAGAAGAAGUGCAGUGAUGUGUCCUAUUGGACUGGCUGGACCAGGUGCCAAGGCCCCACUGCAGCUUGCUCACCCAGCGGGAACGGUCCAAAGUGGAAGACUGAGUACUUAAUCAGAACAAACUGCUGUUUGUACAAGAGGCUUCAAAAAGCUCCACAUUCUCACCAGCCUAAAUGCAACACCAAGAGGGGAAAGAAAAGGAAAAUGCCUGGACCUGCGAAGGUUGACCCAAACCCAAAAGACUUGGACAAGCUGGAGGAGCUCCUAGAAGAGUGUGCAGGCCAAAGUGCUCUGUGGCGAAACCCGGGUCCAAUUCCAAGGAAACGCAAGAGGCAAUGUUCAGGCAAAGGGGAGCUUUUGCAGGAUAGAAAGAACAAAGACCAUAGGGUACAACAGAAAGACAUCAACCCACAACCCACAUGUACUAAUGAUGGACAUAACACAGCAGACCUUCAUGAUGACAGAUGUCCAUCAUAUCCAGUAUACAUCCAGAUGUGGGAUGGUCAGCUACUUACUGGAGACAUAGCAGAUGACAGCACAGUUAAAGAGCUUCAUGAAACAGUGGCAAAGUUCUACCAGAAUGGCCUUCCAAAAGAGGCAUCUUUCUACAGAGGGGGUCUGAAGGUGACAGAAGAAGUGUCCUUAAAGCAUCAAGGCAUUGUUGCAGAGUCUACAGUGCAAGUUCUCCUGAAACUAAAGGGGGGAGGUGACAAAGGUGAUGCUGAGGCUAAAGCUGUGAGACACAUGACAGAGUGGACAGAAGAAGAAGCUGUACAGUGGAUGCAAACAGAGGCAAAGAUGAGACCAGAUGAAGUAAAACCAUUGGUUGAAGAGCAGGUAGAUGGGUUAGCUUUAUGGGAGAUGACUGUCGAUUCUCUAAAGAAACAUUUCAGUUGUCUGUCUGGUGGUGCUAAAAUCAAGCUGCUAAAAGCUCUAAAGAGCUACAGAAAAAUGUCUCCAGAUUUUGAGCAAAUUAUUCUUCCUGAAUCAGUUGAACUGCCUUCUAAUGUGACAUCUUGGAGGGAAAAAGAGAUAAGGUUAUGGUUGUCUUGUGUGGUGAAGUUUACACAGAAUGAUAUUGAUUCAGUCUGUGCAUUGGGUCUGGAUGGUGAUAGCCUGUUGAAGUUGGAUGAAGAAACUGUCAGAGAGUUAGAGUUUCUUCCUGAAAUGAAGCAAGGGCCCUUGGUAAAAUUAUUAUCCUGUGUCAAGAAGUUAAAUCAUCUACUGAGCGAAAGAAAUCUUGCGGUUGAAGAUGUGAAGGGUGGGAAAGAAGUAGCAGAAAUCCCUUUGAUCACUCCAGCAGUGUGA